ACCGAAAGGCGGGCGGGGUGCACGUCGGGUAGAUACCGUCCGCCCGCGCCACCCACGUACCGAUUCUUCUACUACAACCUCGUUAGUCUAAGUGACGUAAAGCCUUCAUAUAGUCGCGCACUGUGAAUGAGUACGUACGUUAUUGAGGACAACGUGGGAUCGUUGCAUUGUGUCUCUAGUGUAUGGGCAAAUAAAUAUUCAACCUUGCGAACUGCAUUUAUUAUUCAGUGGCUGCGCUAAUACACAUAGCCAGGAUGGCGCCUUGUACAGAUAACCAUGAGGAUCAAAACAUCAGACAAUGGUAACAUCGCCUUAUACAACAACCAAGACGUAUUAUCGCAUAGAAAUUCUGAGAACAGAAGUUGGUUGUCUGUGAACAACAGCGCACAAACCAAUUUACGUGAGAACACUUCAGAGUACUCCAAAGUUACGAAUUGUAACACAGCGUACAACUCUCAAAGGAAGUCAGACACGUUUGAGAAUUACUCUACUACUUCGGAAGUUGGUGCUGACAGUGAGGACUUGACUGUAAGCCCUGAACUUGUAUGCAACCAACAGUACCGGAUCAACAACAGACACGUGAACAGCGUACAGACGUGCAAUAAUACGGCCACGGACAUUCUGGAGGAAAGCACAGACACCGUCCGCGCGCCUUGUUCAGAUUUUAUAAGUAAUACUAAUGUAUAUACAGAAACAACACCAGUUGAUGAGGAAAGAGCAUUUGAACAUUCUGAUACAGAUGAAAUGUCUGAGAACGGCAUCCAUCCUGUACCGAGGGGAAUUGUGAAUCCAAAUUAUCCUGGUUUCCAACACUUGGCGCACACGUUACAGGACUAUUCAUCCAAUAUAGAAAAUUUUUAUCAUUCGGAAAAUGAAAUGACUGAUGACGAUGUCGAUGUAGAAAUAACUGACCUGGCGUACGAACCAGAACCUAACCAAAAUGAAACUACGGAUUAUAAAAAUAUUAAUAACAAUAAUAACAUUAAAUCUGACUUAAUAAAUACAACACUACUAUCACCUCAAAGUAAAUCAGAUUCACAGCAAAACAUUGUAGAUAGUCAAAUAAAAAAUGAUAUACCAGAUCUUUUAAAGACGAUAUCUAAGAAUAAUAAUAACAAUGAGGAGUCAUUUAAUUAUGAUAUAAAUUGCACAGACGCAGACAUAGAGAAUAACUUUCACGCCAAAGAUAUUAUUGGUGACUUUAAUAAAGAAAUUGAAGAUGAAAUAAAACAAUUACUUAACUACAACAUAAACAUCCAAGAUGACUUAGAAGAAUUACGCAAAGAUAUCAAAGAUACUUUUGCAAAACCUAUUGAAAACACCAUCAACAAUAUUAGUGACGUGGUCAAUCACGUAAUAAAGAAAUUAGUAGAAACGCAGUGUGAUGAAAACGAUGACAAUCCUAAAGAUAGUUUUGCGAAACAACAAAAAUUAGACGAAAUUAGUGAAGUAAAUAAAGAAAAUGAGAAAAACACUCGAACAGAAAUGAAUUUAAGUAGGCCUACGUUUUUACUAAUAGAAAAUAACACCAAUGAAAAGAUCACAGAUGCUUUCCUAUCGGAUGGAAAGGAUGAAAUCAAUAUUAAUGACUAUAAUACUGAAAAAUUGAGCCUUAACGUGGAAAAUACUAUUAAGCAGCUCAGUACUGAGUUGAGAAAGAUAAUUCCUAAAUUAGAUGAAAUGCGUGAACGUGAUAGAUUAUGGGCCGAAAGCAAAAAAGAAACGGUUGUAAUCGAUGGAAAUUCAAAUGAAGUAGCACAUACUUCGAAAGGGUACAGUUUAAUGAAUAAAAGUGUUCACUCGCAAGGUAAACCAGAUGUUAGUAAAACUAUGAGGCUCACUGAUAAUCAUAUAAGUGUCAGAAAUAAUUCUAUACGGUCACCUAUUGAACCCAAGGCGGCCAGGGAUAAACAAAGAGAAACAACUACAAGCAAAAACUCUUACCGCACUGCUCAAAGUAAAACAUCCGUCCGUAAAAACGAUAACUCAAAAGAUGUAGAUUUGGGGAGUUUUGAUGUUUACAACAUAGAAACAGCUUUACCCAAGUUAGAUUUGGAUGCCAUUGAGAAUCAUUUGAAAGCCGCAAAAGAAGCAGAAAGACGGAAACGCAAUGAUAGAGAGGAGAUCAGGAGACGGCUGGCAAUGGGAGCAGAUGCUGAAGAGUAUUACAGUAUGGGACACACAGACCGGCCGGGGAAGAAACCGAGUCUCCAUUCACGACUUCAAAGUGGGAUGAACCUACAAAUAUGUUUCAUGAAUGAAACCGCAUCUGACAAUGAAUCUCAAGCAUCAGAUUUUGAAAAAACUUAUAAUAACACAAAGAGUUUGUCUCGAUCAAGUUUAUUUAGCAAGUCAAGUUACAACCAUCCAUACCAAACGAGACCUUUGUCAGUUAAUAUCACAAAACAUGACAAAAUAAGCACCGUGCAGAGUGGAGCAAAGUUACGACCAACAUCCCUUUCAUUAAAGACAAAGUCCAGGUCAUCACACUCUUUGGGCCAUAUUGAGAUAAAGGAGUCUGAUUUCUAUGUACUGCAAGCUACUUUACAGACUGAGGCCAGGAUCGCCCUGGCACAGGCGAAAGAAAUGGCUCGCAUACAAAUGGAGCGCGAACGGCGCAGUAGGGCAGUGUCGCCCGUGACAGAAAUGCUCCGGCGCAGCAUGGAGAAGGCCAACGCGCCGCUCGCCCCCGACAGGCGCCGAGUGUCGCGGCAACUACUCACCGACAUGAACAUAGCUCAGUUGCAGGUGAUAGUGAACGAGCUGCACUCUCAGAUCGAGUCGCUGAAUGACACGCUUGUCAAGAUGCUGAUGGCUCGGGAUGAGCUGCACAUGGGACAAGACUCCAUGCUUGUCGACAUUGAGGACUUGACGCGCUAUCUAUAUACGACUUACAAUUUAUGUGGUCGAAAUCUUGGAGAGUCUGAAAUCCCGGAAAACAAGGCUCAAGAACCUUCCGAAGAACUUGCUGGGCGUCAAGGAGCAGACUAAGAAAACCAAAGGCACUACUACUAAACCGGCUAUGAGGAGGCUCACAUCUUUAGUGCACAAAUAAGUACACAAUAUCUUAACAUUAGGCUUAUUGUAACUGCGAUCUAUCUAUCUAGUACAUACACAGGUGGUCACUUGGACAUGUAUAGCGGUGCGAGAGAUAGAUAUUACACCAACAUUGACUAACUAUGUAAUCUUAUAUAUGGAUAUUAAUACUCGUAUGGAAAGAAUGAGCGGCAACGAUUCUAUAUACACGUGUCUUUGUAAAUACACCACACAUUUGACACAUAUUAUGAACGUUUACACUAUAUUGUAGGAAAAAAUACACUGUGUAUGGAACUGUUGCAUUGACUUCCAAUAUUCAUAUUAACCACUUAAUACAGCUCUUUCAUUGGGUUUUCAACUUAAUUCAUUACGAUAUUAAGUAGAAAAUCCAAUGGCGACUGUACUAAAAAAUGGUUUUAAGAUCUUAAUAAGAAUAUUCAUAUACCAGUGAAAAACGAGUAUUCAUAUACGUACAUACAGUGGUUGUAUAUCUAUCUUCGCACUGUAUUUCUAUAUUAAAUUCGAUAUUGUCGUACAAUUUUUGUGACAGCAAAUGUUCAAGGUCGCGGCUGGGACCGAAGCGAAUGCAGUGUGGCAAUACUGUUGCGACAUCGCUUGAGAUAAAUCUGAGGUAGAUGUAUUAGUAACGGAUACACUUGAUUGCAUUUACUAGUACGCUGGUAAACAUUAAAUGGAAAAGGUUCUCAGCAAUUAUAAUAAAAUCAUUGUUCAGGAGACUGUUUUGAACUUCUUGUAGGUGUUAUAAUAAAUUUAACUAUGUCAUGAUAAUUAAGUGACAAACUUUUAUCUUUUUAGUUACAAUGAAUGAUAUAGCAUUCUUGUCUAACUUGAACCUUAAAACCAUUACACAUAAAAACUGUUUUCGAAGUCUGAAUGACUAUUUGGCCUCCCAGACAAUUGCUUGGAUCCUGUGACCUUUCCUCAAACCUUGACCAGAUUGACUUAUCGAAACGUCAGCUAAUUUAUUAAAGAUGUGGCGACAUAAUGACAAGUGACAGAUGAUAGAAAUCACAGACGUCCUAAAUCCUACAACACAUGCGAAUAAACAUGGAUAGAAUAUCCGCCAAAAAGAAAAAUCCGAAAGCCUGCCUGGUCGGAGGAUCCUCCUUUUCCAAACUUAGUGGAACUUCACACUGUUCCCUGAAAAGGAAACCAGUUGUAAUACAUUUCUAGAAAAUUUACGAACGUGUUUAUUUGUUACAUAUUAUAUCACACUACGUCAGAUUUUGAGGUCUGUUUACAGUUACAUAGCCACAUUAUCGUCUCCGGAACAACGCCGCGACCCAAUUGUUUACACUGCAUGAUAUUACAACAGAUAUUAGCGCAUUAUAUGUAUAUACUGGUUCUUGUUAGUAAACCGGACAGUUCCCCUUAUUAAAGAAAUGUGUAUAUCAGAUUUACUGUAUAUUCUAAUACAUGUCCGCUUUAAAUAGAUACAUACUUGUUAACCCACCUAAAUAUUAUAUAUUUUACAUUAUUCGCAGAUUAGAUAAAUAUUUUUCUUUCAAAAUAGUGCUCAUUGUUAUUUAUUGAUAAUGAAUCUAUGCCUUUGGUAUGAGGAGGCUACUGUGGCAGGAUUAUUGUUACGCUUCAUAUGUUACUACUAUAUUAUUAAUUAGGUAUAUUCACAAACUAAAAAGUAUGCAUUCAGUUAAAUAAACAAUUUUCUAACAAAGUGCAAAUAUUGCACAAUUUCACAACCUAUAAAUGGAAGUAACUCAAAUUGUGACAUCUUGUAUUUGGCUGAACGUAUACUUGUAACCCUAUAGGCUGUCCUCAAAUCGGUCAUCACUAGCCGGCCGAUAUCUUACCUUAUAUCGAGCCUAUAGGAGUAUAAAAUAAAAGAUAUUUAUAAUAAAACCUGCAUGGUUUGAAUUUAUCUGUAUACGAUCUAAAAGUAUAAAAAGCAAUGCAAAAUAUUGUAACUGGCAAGUUUUAUACGAGCACAUUUGUGUAUGUGUGUGUAUGACUUCACAAUGCAAUAAGUAAUAAAGUUGUUUAUACAUAGACACCGCAGGAUAUCCCGUCGAAGGCAUAGAUGAUUAUAUUUUGUAAACUAGUAUACUCACAAUAUAUACAGGUAGGCAUGUAGAGAUGCACAUGCCGUCGAUCAUGCCCAGUGAUCUUAUCGGAGGCUUGUAAUGAAUGUAGUUUACAUACUAAAUAACUAACGGAAUGCAAAUCGGCCGCUACCUGCGAUUAUCUCGUCAGUACACUCAUAAUUUACUACCUAACAAAAUAGACAACCUCUUCCAUAUUCAAUAUCAACUCGUUAUCAAAAGUAAUAUAUUAUGUACUAAUUGUAUGUCAUAGUUGUUUACGAUAUCAUAUUCAUUCACGUUAUAUAUUAUGUCUAAUAAAAAUGUAAAUAAAUGCUGCAUUAUACGUGUUAUUAUAAAUCUCACAGUAUUAUACUUAUAAUCACAAUAUAAGUCCAAAUACAUAUACCAUUGUUAGGUAGUACUCUACACGUUUGCAUUCCAAAGAUCUUCUCUUAAGUGGUUAUUUGUUGUGUAAUUAUAACUAUCAAAAUAUAUACAUAUAUCAGCAAAUAGAAGUAAAUAUUUCUUGCCUUAUCAAAAUAAUUUAAUCUCGCUAAGCUCUAAGCAAUUCGUCGGUGAUACAUAAACGUUUAUUCUAUUUACAAUAAUUUUACAAUGUUAAUUAGUUAUGUACUUACUUGUAUCGUUAUAACUCUGAGUAUGUUAUGAUCACUUGAAACUUUAAAUGCCUGGUUAUAUGCAAAAUAUUGCAUGCGCAAAUAUGUAUUUGGCAGCGCUUGUAAACUGCGCAAUUUUUACGCAAGUAACCUGUACCCUUAGUACGAGUUUGUUUUACGUUGAACUAGAUCGAAACGAGAGCGCAUUCGCUUUGAUUGGUUGAUUCAUUGGAGCUGGCCAAUCAGAGCGCCUAGCGCGGUCUCGUUCAACGUAAAACGAACUCCUACUAAGGGUACUGACCAAUAUUUGAACCUUUACGGAAGAUGAAGUAUUUAAUGACACCAGUAUUUCCAUGAUUCUCAUAGAUUACCUUCCUCUAAAAGACAAGGACUAAACGAUCAAGAGAUUUGCGUCAUUUCACAAAGAUUAAUAUACUCAGUUUUAUAAUGAUAUUACUUCUAGGUACUGAUUGGAAUGACACCAAUAUUAUCAGUUUUUCUAAGUAUUUAUAGGCCUCUAAAUUAAAACAAAGGUGUAUCAUUAACGUUAGUUUAUUUGUCGUGGUUUAACAGCUGAUUGUUUAGGAUAUUUUUAUUCUUAUUAUUAUUCAUGUAUUCUUCGUUUAUAGCUUGGGAUCUCAAGUAUUAUUCCUACUAUUGUGUACCUAUUGUAUGUUAAGUAUCUUUCUUACUUUUCUAUAUUAUGUAGUAAACGUAUUGUAUGUUAUUGGGUAUAGCCAGUUUAUGAAAUACAUACAUUUCUUGAUAACUAGUGCUGGCGUUAUCUGAUACAAAGUUUUGCUGUGCUAGAUUUAGUUACCAUUAUUGUUAGUUCUAUUUUCUUUAUGAUUUCUUGCAUGUAUCUAAGAUGGUUUUGUGUAACGGGCUUGGUACAUUCGCUGUUCUACAUCACUUAAUUAUUGCUGGGAGUAGUACCAGUAUUACAACGCAUAACUUUGACGCAAGAUGCUGUAAGCAAACCAUUAUCAUUCAUCCAAGAAUGUAAAAAUCUGCGUAAAUGUGUAUCAUGAAGAAACCUUUACAAAGUAUAUGACAUAAUGUAGUAUUUGAUGGAAUGAGUGUACCGAGCCCAAGACUUUAUGUUAACUAAGUACCUUUGUGUCUAAAUUGUUUACCACAAGCAUACUAUACGCAUUUAUUUACCUAGAUGUUAUUCCCUAGUUACACACGAACUUAAUGUUAUAAUAUCUGAAUAAUGAAAUGUUGGAAAUAGGUUUACAAAUUAUAAUAAUGCAAAUGUGCACCUUAGCCGCACUCCUGUAAGAUAUAAAUGUUCCGUAAGUUAUGCAAUACUAGUAUACUUACAUGAUAUUAUUUGUGUAAAUUAUAUUUUUGUAACGUCCACACUCGUUACUGUAACAAGGUGAUAUUGUCGGGCUGAUAUUACCUGUAUUCUUUAAACGCCACGAAAUUGGUAUUUCUUUAUUCCUUACUCUAGGUUACUUACUAUAUUUUACGAUCAUUGGUACAGGUGCACUCGAACUCAUUCAAAACAUUAAUACAAUGUAUUCAUCCUGUUUGCAAAUGUUAUUCAGAUAAUCUUCUGAAAACCUGAUAUUAUGACAAUUUUAUGUCUCAUUACAAGUGUGUUAAAAGCUCCAUUGACGUUAAAGAACUGUAAAAAAUAAUUGAAUAUUCGUCGUUCCAUCAAUAUUAUCACUCGAUCCAUUAAUUGGACGAUUAUAAUAUGUAAAUUAUUUAUAUAAAAAACACAUAAACUUGAUAUUAAUAAAAAGUCCUUUGGUAUAACUAUAAAAUUUUGUAAACUUGAUGACGACUUAUUUAAUAUAUGAGCUCAAUAUUGAAUACAUCAACAAUAGUUUCCAACAUUUUUAUAUGGUAACUCGUGAAAUUCUAUAUAUUUUUGUUAGUGAUUGUUACUAAGUUACAGGGAGCAACAGUUGAAUUAAACAGAGCUUUGAACUGCUAAAUGUAUAAUAAAAUAAAUAAAAGAAAAUUUAUGAAAUGUUUACUUAUGAUUGUCGACAGUUUCAUGAUAAAGAUUAAGUACUUUUUGUUUUUCUGUAUUCUGUAAUGUUUGUACUGAUGUCGGUCCGCCGUAUCGGGCCGACUACCGACGUUCGUGGUGAUUGAAUGCUUGGCGUGCUUAUUGUCAACUCUUACCGACAUGUGAUAAAAUAUUAUUGAAUAUUCUAAAUAAACGGGAAAGUGUUUA